UGCGUCCGCCCCUGCGUCGCCACCAAUCAUCGUCUCCCUCGUAAAUAGAGAGAGGGGGAAAACCCCAAGCGAGAAAACACAGAAUUUGAAGUCAAGACGGCGAAACGGAGGCAAAUUUCUCUCUCUCUCUCUCUCUCUCUCCCUAGCAGAUUGUAGUUCUUUGUCCCCGUCCCCUUCGCCGAUUGAUCCUGCGUAGGAAUUUCGAUUCGUUUCGAGCUGGGUUGUGGUUUGGUUUGCUUUCGAGUCCUUCGUAUCGUCCGUGUGGCGAGGUCGAUUCGGUGGUUGUGCCCUUCUUCUCUGAUUCUGGUUUCCUGUCGUGGGUCUUCGUUACGUUCGCGAAUUUUUGCGGAUUUUGUGCUCUGAGGCAACUCAAAUGUUCUUCAAAAACGGGACUGUUGGAAGUGCUCUUUCAUCCACUUCUGGAUGUACGAGCGAUGUCUGCUUUUCUUCCCCUCGUUCUGACGUACAACAUGAAAGACAUCCACAAUAUUCUCCAUUCAUUUCUCCAACAUCCACGAUUAGAACAUCCACACUACCCGUAGGUCUUCCCCGUACAGAAGUACAACCUACUGCAUUAACAGAUAUUCCAAACAAAAGCAAAGAUGUUCCGUGGGAUCCAAAUCAGCUUCAAGAUUUUCUUAUCUAUUCGGAAAACGUCCCGAACCAGAAUUGUCAGGUAGAGAGCAGUGGGGUGGUCAUGGGAUGCGAGGACCAAUCUACAAGAAGUGAUUGGAAGUGGGCUGAACAAUUAAUUUCUGUUGAUGAGGCAAUGGAUCCAGAUUGGAGCCAAAUUCUUGCUGAUGUUGAUGCAACUGACCCAUCAAAGCUGCCCCCAGUUGUUCACAGUCAGUCUUUACCUCCUGGAGAAUCUUCUGCUGCUAAUCAAAUGUCAAGUGCACCCUCGAGCAAGUCCCGAAUGCGCUGGACACCGGAGCUUCAUGAAGCUUUUGUGGAGGCUGUUAAUCAGCUUGGCGGUAGUGAACGUGCCACUCCCAAAGGUGUCUUAAAACUGAUGAAUGUAGAAGGCCUAACUAUCUAUCAUGUGAAAAGCCACUUACAGAAAUAUAGAACGGCUCGAUAUAAACCAGAUUCAGCAGAGAGUGAAGGAUCUUCAGAGAAGUUGAGUACACUGGAAGAAAUGAAAUCUCGAGACUUGAAGACGAGUAUGAACAUCACUGAAACACUUCGAAUGCAGAUGGAAGUUCAGAAGCAGCUCCACGAACAACUUGAGAUUCAGAGAAAGCUGCAACUGAGGAUUGAAGAACAAGGAAGGUACUUACAAAUGUUGUUUGAGAAACAAAGGAAGAUGGAAGAUGAUGGGUCCAAAGCUCCUUCGUCCCCCAUUCCUCAUGAAUGUGAUCCAUCAAGGAACAUAACAGAAGCAACCGAGCAACGUCAGGCUAAAAAGGGACUUGAAAUGACAAACCCCAGCUCUUCGCCUGGCGAAAGUUCUCAAAACACGAAUAAAAAGCAGAAGGUCUCAGAAGCAAGAUCUCCUGAUGAUGAUGAUCCGGAUGAGGGCGAGAUAGGUCUUCCAUCCGUGAAACGAGUGAGGGGCCAUGAAACCUCGCUGUGAUUAAGCUGGAGCAACAUCCUUUCAAGCUCUUGAAGAAUGGAGAAAGAGAAGGAUAUAAAGAAGGAAAAGAGAUCCUGCUGCCUCUGAAGAUGACAUAGUGAAGUCGUUUUAUGAUGACCACAUGACAAGGACUUCUUUGACUGAAACUAGGAGGUUUUGGAACUCCGGUCAUCUAAUUUAUCUGUGGAUUCGUAUUUAGAUGGAUUUAGUGUUUAAGUCGAUAAAGCCCCCGACUUUCAAACUAUCCUGACUUGGGAAAUAAAUUUGCGUUGAUAACUGUAGAUAGAAGGUUUAGCAGCAAAAAGGGGGCAGAAAGAAAUGAUGCUCGAACUCACAAGGGAUGAAGCUUACUAAGCUGCUGGUGGUUUCUGUCUUUCUAGUAUGUGUAAAAAAGAACUGUACCGACUGUUUAAUCGUGGGGGAAACUUUGAAAACAUUCCUAUGCGGGCAUCAUUGGCUUGGCAUGUA